UGGGUAGAAAACAAAAAGUCACGUACUGCAAUUUCCUGCUUGAGUUGUCAAAAAUCCAAGAAAAAAUGUGAAGGAGGAAAAGUGAAUAAAAUUCCAUGUACUGAAUGUGUGAGAAAGAAGAAAUGCUGUGAUAUUCCUGCCUGUACAGAAUGUUUCAAAAGAACAAAAAAUAAAAGCAAGAUUUGUGAUAAAUGUCUUGAAAAAAAGGAUAAAGUGAGCCAAGGCAGUGGCUUGUUAUACGGUCAAAUGAGAGAUACAGUAAUAGAAGGUCAACAAUAUUUAACUUACGAUGAAAAUAGUUUUCUUAUUGAAUUUUCAUAUUUAUUUGAAA